GAAGAGGAGGAGGAGGAGGAGGAGACCCCACCCACUGCAGAGGAGACUUCUGAUGUUCCAAUGGAGACUGCUGACUCAGCAGACCCUCCUCCUCCUCCUCCGACCAAUUAACAAUGACAUCAUCGUGACAUCAUUCCAUCUCUCUUGAUUAGACCAGUGUGUCAGCUUCACACACAUCGUGACUAUUGUAUAAUGACUAUUGUGAUGAUGGUGUGUGUAUUAUA